UUCAAGACGAUAGUGAAACGGUCAUUGUUAAACGUGAUACUUUGAGAAGUCUUACGAAGAUGGAACGUUGGUCAAGUAAAGUUGCAUUAGUGACAGGAGCAAGUUCUGGGAUUGGUGCUACAAUUGCCGAAGAAUUGGCACGAUAUAAUAUCAAAGUCAUUGCCACUGCAAGAAGAUUGCACAAGUUAGAAGAAUUAAAAGCUAAAGUGGAAUCAUUAAAUUUACCGGGCACGAUUUAUCCUAUAAAGUGUGACGUCACUAAAGAAGAAGAAAUCUUAAAUGUUUUUAAAUAUAUUGAAAAGGAACACGAUGAAGUCAACAUUCUCAUAAACAAUGCCGGUGUCAUUUUCAAUGAAAAAAUCAUUAAUGGAAAAACGGAACACUUUCACAAUAUUAUGGACGUUAAUGUGAUCGCAAUAGCUAUUUGCACAAGAGAAGCUGUUAGAUUAAUGUCUAAAUCCAAAACUCAAGGACAUAUUAUCAAUAUUAACAGCCUUUGUGGCCAUAAUGCAAACAUCACAAAGUUACCAUUCAGUUUAUAUCCAUCCAGCAAAUAUGCUGUACGAGCUAUGUGCGAAAGUAUUCGUAAUGAAAUCUUGAACGAGGGAUUGAACAUUAAAAUUUCGGAUAUUAGUCCUAGUAUUGUGAACACUGAAAUGACUAAAGCUUUUAAUAUACGAUCAGAAAUUUGGAAGAAAAUGACAAUGUUAUCACAAAAGGACGUUACUGAUGGAAUUAUUUAUGUACUAGGCAGCCCAAUUAAUGUCCAAAUUAAUGAAUUAAUAAUUACAUCUUUGCACGACGAAAUACCUGAUAGCAUCUAAUAAUAAAAUAUAUAAACAUACAUAUUAGGAAUAUAAGAAUAUCUUUAUGUAAUGAUGUCACAAUAUAUAU